AUGACAAUGCUUUGGUUUGAUAAUCAACUUAUCAACGAUGGAGUAGUUACCAACAUCAAACCAUACUGCAAGGCCAUGUAUGGAUGGUCACCAUUAGUUUGCAACUUGCCAACCGUUCCAGAUUGUGAUACUAUUCGUCUCUAUGGCACCCCAGGUAUCGGUACCAUUAAUCUUCAAAUGCUUUAUUCUUUUAAUUGUACUGUUGUUGCUUAA